CUCCAUCAGCUUGAACGGUAGGCAUCUGCUGUUUUAAUCUCAAAAAACCUCCACUACAGCCACACUCCACCAAACACAAGAAGAACUAUGCCAAAAGAGAUGGCUCGACACAUGACGAUGUGCAAAUUGCCGCUUCCAGUUUCUGUCGGUGUGCUGCUGUUUUUUCUCUACCUCGCUGCGGCCAACGCUCGCAGCAUGAAGGAACAUCUGUCUGACUGCCUGCAAGACAAAGACUAUGACCUGCUGCUGAAGACGGUGGAGGAUGGCCUUCCACGCUUAAACUCGUCUCAUCGUGUUGUCAUUGUUGGUGCUGGCAUGGCUGGACUGACGGCUGCUGCGUUGCUGCAAGACGCAGGACACACGGUAACCAUAGUGGAGGCCAGCAGUCGUAUCGGGGGACGUGUGGAGACCUACAGGGAUGAAGAGAACGGCUGGUACGCUGAACUCGGAGCCAUGAGGAUCCCUGAAUCUCACCAGAUCGUGCGCUGGUACGUCGACAAACUGGGGGUCAAACUGAAUCCAUUCAUUAUGUGUGAUCUCAACACCUUUUAUUUGGUUCGUGGUGGGAAGCCAAACAAGACGUACGCAGUGAAGGCGAAUCCUGACAUCUUGGGGUAUAAUGUGUGGAAAAGCGAGAAGGGGAAAUCAGCUGAUUACCUACUACAGAAAGCUUUGCAGAAGGUGAAAGAUGAAGUCAAAGCUCACAACUGCACAGCUGCCUUUAAGAAGUAUGGCCACUAUUCUGUGAAGGAAUAUUUGAAUAUGGAGGGUGGUAUAAGCCCUGGAGCAGUGAGGAUGAUCGGAGACUUGCUGAAUGAGAACAGCCUCAUGCACUUGGCCCUGACGGAGAUGAUCUACAUCGAGAGCGACGUCAGCGACAAAACCAAGUACUAUGAAAUAACUGGUGGGUCGGACCUCCUUCCCAAAGCUUUCCUCAACAUCCUUGAUGUCCCUAUACUCCUCAACUCCAAGGUCAAAUCCAUCAUCCACACAGAUGACGGUGUAACUGUGUGGUAUCAGACAGCUCCAGAUGCCCCCUUAACAGGAAUUGCAGCUGAUGCCGUCCUGGUAACAACCACGGCCAAAGCAGCCCUCUUCAUUGAGUUUGCGCCGCCUCUCUCCAUCAGAAAGAUGGAGGCCAUGCGGGCCGUGCACUAUGAGAGUUCCACUAAAAUCCUUCUCACCUUCAGCGAGAAGUUCUGGGAGAAAGACGGCAUUAAAGGAGGAAAAAGCAUCACAGACCGGCCCUCUCGUUUCAUCUACUACCCCAGCCACAGUUUCCCGACUAAUGACACCAUUGGCGUCCUCCUGGCUUCCUACACCUGGUCUGAUGACUCCCUCCUCUUCCAAGGUGCGAGUGAUGAAGACUUGAAGGAGCUGGUUCUGAGAGAUUUGGCCCUGAUUCAUGGUGAGCAGGUGAAGACCCUCUGCACGGGGGUGGUAGUGAAGAGGUGGACUAUUGAUCCCUACAGUUUGGGCGCCUUCGCUCUGUUCACCCCCUACCAGCACUUAGAGUACGCCAAGGAGCUCUUCAGACAUGAAGGCAGGGUGUUCUUUGCUGGCGAACAUACUGCCUUCCCUCACGCCUGGAUCGAGACUUCUAUGAAGUCUGCAAUCAGGGCCGCUGCCAACAUCAGCAGGAUGGCGCACAAAGAGUUCAGAGCUCAACACCAUGAUGAACUCUAAUGUCCUCACUCACAUUUUAUGUUCUACUAGUUGCACUGAUCAUGUUACGUGAUACGACAAUAACAACAUGGACGUCUACUACAAGACAGAUGAGGAGUCCAGUUGGUCAUUGCAAGAAACUAGCAGCGGUUCGCUGAGUCUGUGGAAAUAUUCAUGUAUUCAGGUCAAUAACAUAAAUUUCACUGUUUCAAAGCUUAGUGACGUCAUCAGAGACUCGUGCAACCCCUACUGUGCACCACCACCGCUUCAGAGACAGAUGUAUUAUUUCCUGUCUUUCCAGUAGCUGCCCAAUCACCUGUGGUCCUGUAGUUCAGGGGGGUGUUCCUCAAAAAAUACACAUAAUGUGAGAUGAACCUUUGUCGACCUCAGCUGGUGACUUGUAGGCAUCACUGUGACAUUAAAUGCAGCUUUGUUGUUUUACUACACGAUUAAACUGCUGUUCAUUUCA